UAGAAGGGAGCGCACUUCCGGUGCCCUUUCUCCCGCGAGCUGCACGGCCGAACCCUCGUGUGAAGAGUGAGAUCCCUAAACUGGAGUGGUGUAGAGGCGGGCCGGCACCCCGUCCUGCCCUCUGGUGCGGCCGGUCUCAGGAUCAGCCAUGGCCCAGAACUUGAAGGACUUAGCGGGACGGCUGCCCGCCGGGCCCCGGGGCAUGGGCACGGCGCUGAAACUGCUCCUGGGGGCGGGCGCCGUGGCCUACGGCGUCCGCGAAUCCGUGUUCACCGUGGAAGGCGGGCACAGAGCCAUCUUCUUUAAUCGGAUCGGUGGCGUGCAGCAGGACACCAUCCUGGCCGAGGGCCUUCACUUCAGGAUCCCCUGGUUCCAGUACCCCAUUAUCUAUGACAUUCGGGCCAGACCCCGAAAAAUCUCCUCCCCCACAGGCUCCAAAGACCUGCAGAUGGUGAACAUCUCCCUGCGAGUGCUGUCUCGACCCAAUGCCCAGGAGCUUCCCAGCAUGUACCAGCGCCUAGGGCUAGACUACGAGGAGCGAGUGUUGCCGUCCAUUGUCAACGAAGUGCUCAAGAGUGUGGUGGCCAAGUUCAAUGCCUCACAGCUGAUCACCCAGCGUGCCCAGGUAUCCCUGUUGAUCCGACGGGAGCUGACAGAGAGGGCCAAGGACUUCAGCCUUAUCCUGGACGAUGUAGCCAUCACCGAGCUAAGCUUUAGCCGAGAGUACACAGCUGCUGUAGAAGCCAAGCAAGUGGCCCAGCAGGAGGCCCAGCGGGCCCAGUUCUUGGUGGAAAAAGCAAAGCAAGAACAGCGGCAGAAGAUCGUGCAGGCCGAGGGAGAGGCUGAGGCCGCCAAAAUGCUUGGAGAAGCACUGAGCAAGAACCCUGGCUACAUCAAACUUCGUAAGAUCCGGGCAGCCCAGAACAUCUCCAAGACGAUUGCCACAUCACAGAAUCGUAUCUUUCUCACUGCUGACAACCUUGUGCUGAACCUACAGGAUGAAAGUUUCACCCGAGGAAGUGACAGCCUCAUCAAGGGUAAGAAAUGAGCCUGGCAACCAGAACUCCACCCCCAGAGAAGAUGUGGAUCUGUUUCUUCUCCACUUUUUGAGGAGCCAGCUAGGGUCCACCAUACCCCCAUCCCACCCCCAGUAUCAUAUGAUGAUCCCCUCUGUACCCAUCCUCCACCCCCUGGAUUAAGGAAGACUGAAGACCAGACCUUUUUCAGGGGAAUGACUUUCCUCCUCCUGUAGUGGCAAGGGGUGUUUUCUCAGUGAUUUCCUACAGUGUCGUUCCCUCCCGCAAGGUUGGGGGGGAUAACCACCAUCCCAGAAAUUAAUAAAUUUUUAUUACUAAGCUGAA